AUGUCUGUGUGUUGUUCCAGCUAUCGAUGCGGCUUAACUAAUGAAGAUUUAAAUCGUCGUUGGUGCAAGCCGAGUCCUGUUUUACAUCCUUCAAUCUACCACACGAAGGGCCUCAUAGAAUAUCUAGUACGAGUUUGGAAGAAACCACCGUUAGUGUUUUGCGAUUAUCACGGUCACUCGCGCAAGAAGAAUGUGUUCUUCUACGGAUGCGCGGGCGUAGAGAGCUGGUGCAGCAGCGACCGGCUCGCGCCCGACGAACCCGUUAAAUACCUAAUGUUGCCAGCUUUAAUGCACCGCAUAUCUGGCGCGUUUGCGCUCGGCUCGUGCUCUUUCCGCGUAGAGCGCGAGCGUGAGAGCACGGCGCGAGUCACCGUGUGGCGCCACCUCUCCGUCGAGCGCUCCUACACCAUGGAGGCCUCCUUCUGCGGCUUUGACCAGGGACCCUACAAGGGCUACCAUCUGAACACACAACACCUACAGAACGUGGGCGGUGAUCUGUGCGAGGCACUCGGAGGUCUGAGCGAUGGCGCCACCGUCGACAUACAACUGACUAAAGAUCUCAAUGGAGUGAAAGCGGUGGACAGUGAACCGGGAUCUGGUUCAGACAGCGUACUCAAAACAGAUUCCGACGAAGACUUUGAUUAA